CCCGCUAUGCCGCCCACCGCCCCCCCCAUCGGCAUCGUCCUGCUGCUCAUCCUCGGAGCUGCCGAGGGGAAUCUGUCCCGAGAUGUGAGCCAACCCACGACGUCGGAUGAGACGGUGGUGGCUGGUGGCACAGUGGUGCUCAAGUGCCAGGUGGAGGACCCUGAUGACUCCUCGCUGCAGUGGUCCAACCCUGCCCAGCAGACCCUCUACUUUGGGGAGAAACGAGCCCUACGAGACAACAGGAUCCAGCUGGAGAGGUCCACACCCAACGAGCUGACCAUCAGCAUCAGCGACGUGGUGCUGUCGGAUGAGGGGGAAUACACCUGCUCCAUCUUCACCAUGCCCGUGCGGACCGCCAAGGCCCUCGUCACCGUGCUGGGAAUCCCCCAGAAACCCCAAAUCUUUGGCCACGAGCAGCCCAUCGACGAGGAGAAAAUCGCCCGGCUCACGUGCCGGUCCUCCGGCAGCAAACCUGCAGCGCAGCUCCGGUGGAAGAAGGGCAACAAAGAGCUGAAGGCUGAGGGCACCGAGGUGGUGGAGGACUCCAAUGGGAAGACCUUCACCGUCAGCAGCCGGGUGGAAUUCCGUGUCACCAAGGAGGACAACGACGCCGAGGUGACCUGCACCGUGGACCACGAGUCCUUGCAGAACUCCGAGAGGUCAACCACACAGAAGCUGCAGGUCCACUACAAACCAACAGCGAAGAUCGAACCGCACCCGCAGUACCCAAGGGAAGGAGAGAAGCUGCAGCUGCAGUGUGAUGGGCAAGGCAACCCCGUCCCCCAGGAGUUCCUAUGGGAGAAGGAGGGCAGCGACGCUCCGCUGCAGCUGAGCUCCGACAGCAUCCUCAUCUUCCCCUUCCUCAACAAGAGCGACAGCGGCACCUACAUCUGCACGGCCACCAGCUCCAUGGGCAGCGUCAUCGCCAAGUACAACCUGGACGUCAGCGACGCCAGUCCGGUGCCGUCGACUUCCAGCACUUACCACGCGGUCAUCGGCGGAGUGGUGGCCGUCAUCGUCUUCCUGCUGCUCAGCCUCCUCAUCGUGCUGGGACAUUACCUGAUCAGGCACAAAGGUGUGUGCAUAAGACACGGGGAGACCACCACCGCCAGACCGCAGCAAAACCCACCCGAGGUGGUGAUGUGCACCUACCUGACCCACGAGGCCAAGGGCUCCGAUGACGCUCCGGAUGCCGACACGGCCAUCAUCAACGCGGAGGGCGGCCAAGCGGGCGGCGACGACAAGAAGGAAUAUUUCAUCUAAAGGGCGUCGGAGAGGGUGAGAAAUGGAGCCAGCGAACCCCGAUGGAAACGGAAACCAGACCACAAACCCCACUCAACCCAACAGAUUUACUCUCGUGCCCGGCACGGGCGGACGGAUGGACGGACGGACGGAGGGAUGGCGGGACAGAGAGCAGAGAGCGACCGGCUGAGAUGUGAUGAUGCUUCUUGUUGAACUUGUACAAAACGUUGUUACUACGAACAGCGAAAGCCCCGUUUGCUUGCUUGCACCUCCAACCCCGCGCCCGGCGCUCGCGCGAAACACAGACCAAGCAGUGAGUGAGCGACGUUCCUUCUUCCUUCGGACCUUUGCUUCGGUUUCGUGGCUGCUCUUUGCUUUGGGCCCUUGGUUGGGGUGUCGGGCUGGGGUCGAUGUAGCUCUUUUCCUUUUCGUUUCUCUUCCGUUUUGGGUUUUCGUUUUUGAUGCCCGAGGAUAAAAUCAGCUCCGGGCUCUGCGUCGUCGGUGCUCCCACCGAGAGCUGGGGCGUCCCCGUCGUCCCCGGUCCGUAGGGAUGGGGUUUGCUGUGGACCCCCUGCAUCCCUGCCCUGAUUUUAUCCUUGCUGCUCCUCAUCCGACAGCGUCUGCUGGGGAGGCGAGCUGCCCUCGUGCCGGCGGCGUGUGAAGGGGCUGAGAUUCCAGGGUGGGAACUGCAGAAGCCUCCGGAGAUGCUGGGAGCUGCUGGGCACCGCGGCCGCCCCCGUUCCCAUCCAGUGGGAGGGAGGGGGAGGGCAGGGUUUGUGGGGGGCGAAUCGAGGGGGGGGAAAGAAGAAAAAGUGAACGAAAAAGCCCCAGUUUGCAAAUUCCCAGAUUGGAGACGUCAAUUCAAACCAUCUAUUGAGAUGUUCAGUGCUGGGCCAUCGCCAACACCUCCUCGGUGGCCCCCAGGAGCCUCCAGAACGGUGUUUUGGGUCCUGAGAGUGACUUGUGGUGCAGUGGAGUCGGCCCGAUCCGUGCCGCACGCCAGGACCAGCAGCUCUGCACCCCAGCAGCGAUGUGAUCUGUGGGUUCCCUGCUCCACGUGCUCCUCAGGGCUGCCCCUGUCCUUCCCGGCCCCUUCCUGUGGUUGGUGCUGAGCUGGAAGAGGCCUCGUUGGCUCCAAGGGUGGCCCAAAAACGUUUGGGUUUUGUAUCCUGGUGGCUUGGGGUCUCCAAAGAGGUCUGGUGGGCACUUGCCCAACCUCCAACCUGGGGAGAAACCACAUCUCUUCCAAGCCAGAUGGGAACAAGAAGCUUUUUUCCAACCUCCCCAUCGCAUUGCUGGGGUCACCGUGCUCCCCUCAACCCCACAUCUAUAGGGCCAGCCCUCCUCAGGUGCUGGCAUCGCAUGGUCUGGAUAGGAGGGGCCCGCAGGAGCACCCCGUUACAUUUUGAGGUGCCCAGAGGAGCUGAGCCUUUGGUGCAGGAAUGGAGUGGGGUGGGCAGCCCCAUCUCUGAGGUAAAGGAAGAAUUGGGUUCCUCCACCACAGAGUGUGAGGUGGAAGCGCUGCUCCCACCCAGAGGACGAGGAGCAGAGUGGUGGAUGGGGAUCGGGGCCGCCAUGGCUUGGUGGGAACAAGAGAUGUGUCUGCAGCACACGGCUCUGUCACUCCAUCAGCUGAGCGCCGGGUGCCUCGGAGGGGGAUGCACAAAGCCUUGGUCAUCCCCUGGUGAGGAAAAACCUGUGGGUUCCUCACUGCCAUUCCUCCCCUUCCGUCUCCUUGGAGGAGGACGUUGGCCAUGGGUCCCAACAGGAGGAGGGUGUUGGUCACGGGUCCCAAGGGGAGAAGGAUGUUGGCUGUAGGUCCCAACGGGAGGAGGACGUUGGUCCUGGUCCCGGUAGGAGGAUGUUGGUCAUGGUCCCAAUAGGAGAAGGAUGUUGGCCAUGGGUCCCAUGGGAGGAUGUUGGUCAUGGUCCCCAUGGAAGGAGGAUGUUGGUCAUGGUCCCAAAGGGAGAAGGGUGUUGGCUGUGGGUCCCAAUGGGAGGAUGUUGAUCAUGGUCCCCAUGGAAGGACGUUGGUCAUGGUCCCAAUAGGAGAAGGAUGUUGGCUGUGGGUCCCAAUAGGAGAAGGAUGUUGGCUGUGGGUCCCAUGGGAGGACGUUGGUCAUGGUCCCCAUGGAAGGAGGAUGCUGGCCAUGGUCCCAGCGUUGUCACCAGAGGUCACGCUGCCGACACGCUGCCGUUCACUUCACUGCACACACAAAGCACGCACAGCACGUGGGUUUCUCCGAAGGUCUUCCCCAUCCACUCUCGCUAGGCUCAAUUCCUUCCAACGAAACGCAGCGCCGUGUUUUUAAGUACGGUUUCAUCUCACUGCACGUCACCACGGUUUCGGAUCGGAGCGCAGGAGAUGUCCUGAAGGUCCGGGAGGGAUUUGGGUCCCCGGAAAAAGGGCUGUGGGGAUUUUGGGUCGGGACUCGGCCAUGGAGCGGUGGGGCCGUGGUUGGAGAGCCCCCACACGAGGGGUGGCAAUGGGGACACAGCUGGGGACACGGCGUCCUGCAGGAGGUGACACUGGGACUGUGCCCCUCACUGCUGGCACCCAGUGGAGCUUUGCAGUGUCACCACAUCCCCGGUGUCCCCUCCCGAAGCACGAGGGCUGCAUUGGCCCCAUGGCCACCAGAGCACCGGGAUGGGGACGCGGGGCACUGAACUCUCAAUAGACCACGAAAGCCAUAUUAGCGCGGAGCUCUGAGCGCCGUGGGGCGGCCGUGGGGCGGAGGACGGGCUGUGUUGUUGUGCUGUGUUCUUGUAUGUACAUAAAGGGAGACAACGAACGUCGGUGUUACUUUAUAACCUUUCUAAUAUCCUGUGCUAAUCUCGGAGAAAUAAUCCUAUGAAAUAUAUCUGGAUUACACACCUUCA